GAGCAGAGGCAGACAGACAUCUCUUUUGUUUUUGCUUGAGGACACUUGCUCUGCUUCUGUCUCUGUCUCCUCCGUGUAUCUUUUGUCUUCUAAAAGAUGUAAAGACUUGUAAUUAAAUCUCCAUAAGAUUUCUCUCUCUGUCUCUCUCCUCUCACCGUCUCCACAAAACUUGAGGUUUCUUUCUUUUUUUAUCAAUAAAACUUGAGGUUUCUUUACGCUCUCUCAUACUAAAGGCAAAAUCUUUUCUUGCAACUUGUUGAGAGCUGCUCUGUCUUGUUAUGUGUCUUGUUUGAUAUAUAUAACUUCUUUUGGUUAACUUCAGAACGUGUGAAGAGCUUAAAGAUUAAUGGCUAAAGUUUACUGGCCCUACUUUGAUCCUGAAUAUGAGAACUUGAGCUCCAGAAUAAAUCCUCCAAGUGUGUCUAUAGACAACACUAGCUGCAAAGAAUGCACUCUUGUCAAGGUUGACAGUAUGAACAAACCUGGUAUACUACUUGAAGUUGUGCAAGUUCUAACCGAUCUUGAUCUCACUAUCACCAAAGCAUACAUCUCUUCUGAUGGUGGAUGGUUCAUGGACGUUUUCCAUGUCACUGAUCAACAAGGAAACAAGGUUACUGAUAGCAAAACAAUUGACUACAUCGAGAAGGUGUUAGGACCAAAGGGUCAUGCUGCGUCUUCACAAAACACUUGGCCAGGUAAAAGAGUCGGUGUCCACUCACUAGGCGACCACACAUCGAUAGAGAUCAUUGCUCGUGACCGUCCUGGUCUCUUGUCUGAGAUCUCAGCUGUACUAGCAGACCUACACUUCAAUGUAGUGGCAGCUGAAGCAUGGACUCAUAACCGUAGAAUCGCUUGUGUUCUCUAUGUGAAUGAUAACGAGACCUCUAGAGCCGUUGAUGAUCCAGAAAGAUUGUCUGCAAUGGAAGAGCAGCUCAACCUUGUGAUACGCGGGUCUGAAGAAGAAGAUGAGAAAGUUGCUCGGACGAGUCUCUCCAUUGGGUCCACUCAUGUUGACCGUAGGCUUCAUCAGAUGCUUUUCGCUGAUAGAGACUAUGAUGCAGUGAGUAAGGUUGAUGGUUCUGGACUCGAGCCUAAGAUCACUGUUGAGCAUUGUGAAGAGAAAGGUUACUCUGUGAUAAGCGUGAGCUGUGAGGAUAGAGCUAAGCUGAUGUUCGACAUUGUAUGCACGCUUACUGAUAUGCAGUACAUUGUGUUUCACGCCACGAUUACAUCGAGCGGUCCUCAUGCCUCUCAGGAGUAUUUCAUCAGACACAAAGAUGGUUGCACUCUUGACUCUGAAGGAGAGAAAGAGAGAGUUAUCAAAUGCCUAGAAGCUGCAAUACAUAGAAGAGUCAGCGAGGGCUGGAGUUUGGAGCUAUGUGCAAAGGACAGAGUUGGACUUUUGUCGGAAGUGACUAGGAUUCUGAGAGAGCACGGCCUCUCAGUGACGAGAGCUGGUGUGACAACAGUAGGAGAACAAGCGGUUAACGUUUUCUAUGUGAGAGAUGCUUCAGGGAAUCCAGUGGACGUGAAGACAAUAGAGGCAUUACGUGGAGAGAUAGGACACAGUAUGAUGAUUAACGUGAAGAAUAAGGUACCAAGCAGGAGAUGGAAACAAGAAGGGCAAGCUGGAACAGGAGGAGGGUGGGCCAAAACCAGUUUCUUCUUUGGGAAUUUGCUGGAGAAGUUCUUGCCUUGAGAGACAAGGUAACUUAUAUAUAAAUGUUAUUAUAUUGUGUGGAUAAAAAUGUACUGUAAAAUGUGUAUUAUGUAUGAUCUAGAAGGUCUAGUGGGAGUGUUUUGACUUGGUCAGGGAUUUUGGUUUUACUUUAGUCAUAGUAUGACCGUUAAGUGCACCGUUUGAACAUGUCUAUAGUAGAAUAAUAUGGAACUUUUCCUAUUGGAAGGUUUGCUUUUUGUAUAUGAAACUCAGUCCUUGCGACCUUAUUGUCUUUGUCUCAAAUGUAUAAUAUCCAUGUUGUUGAGAGUUUUCAUUUUUUAAUGUAAAAAGUUUUUUUGUU